AAAAGCUUCUUAAGGCAGAGACUUGGCAAAUUUUGGAAAUAGCCUUGUGGAAUCUGUAAGUAAGAAGGAUGGGUAGCUGAUUUCUGUGAGGUCAAAUCUAUGUCAAACACCUACAAAUGUAGUAUUGAUAAGAACCCUGGAUAUUAUCUCGAGGAAUACAAACUGGAAAAAUAUAAGUCACGCAGUGCUAACACCUUGUGCAGUCCUCUUGGAUUAGGUUUGCUUUCAGCUGAAUUACUACUGCCUCAAAGAAAAUUAAGAUGGACAGAACAACUUAAUUCAAAAGGACUUGCCAUGAGGUGCUGAAGCCUUGUUUCAUUGAUUCGGAGAGACUGGACCUAAAUGGCGCAGCAUGACUUUGCUCCAGCCUGGCUUAAUUUUCCUACUCCACCAUCAUCAACAAAGUCAUCACUGAACUUUGAGAAGCAUUCUGAAAAUUUUUUGUGGACAGAGAAUCAUUAUGAAGCAAAUCGCAGAAGACACAACUCUUCAGAUGGAUUUGAUCCUAACAUUGGAUGGCCUAAUGGAGGGCAUUUUGGGAGAAAAGAGAAGAAUGGUUGGCGUUCACAAGGCAGAAAUGGUACAGAAAAUAUAAACCAUCGUGGGGGAUACCACGGCGGAGGUUCCCGCACUCAUACCAGCACUUUCCACUGUGGAAAAGGCCAAGGACUGCAUGAAAACAAUGUAUCUGAUAAUGAAACUGGGAAAAAGGAAGACAAGGAAGUACCCAAACAGUUUGAGGCUGAGGAUUUUCCAUCUUUGAAUCCUGAAUAUGAGAGAACACCAAACCAGAAUAAGUCUUUAGCUGCAGGUGUGUGGGAGUACCCUUUGAAUCCUAAAUCUAGAUCUCCAAGAAUGCUGGUCAUUAAAAAGGGCAGUACAAAAGAACUGCAGAUAUCUGGAUUCCCUGUAGUAGGAAGUCUUCAUUCACAGCCAGUAAAGAAUGGAACUGGCACAAGUGUUUAUAAAGGAUUAGUCCCUAAACCUGCUACUCCACCCGCAAAGCCUACACAGUGGAAAAGCCAAGCAAAAGAAAAUAAACUUGGGAAUCCAUUUUCUCAUGAAUCUGCAUAUGGUAUUGGCAAUUUCAGUCCUUUCAAAUCAACUGCCAAGGCAUUUACUGUAUCACAGAAUUUGGUGAAAGAGUGUAAUCGGUCAAAUUCGUCAUCCCCUAUUAACAAAGUUGGUCAGCCUCGUUUAACAAAAUUGACAAGAAUGCGGACUGAUAAGAAGAGUGAAUUUUUGAAAGCAUUGAAACAAGAUAGAGUGGAAGAGGAACGUGAAGACGAGAAUCAUGCUGGGCAAGAGAAGGAUGAUGAGUCCUUUAACUUGCACAACAGCAACAGUCCUCAUCAUGAGAGAGAUAUAAACCAAAACUUUGAAAAUGAAAUUCCGCAAGAGAAUGGCAAUGCUCCAAUUACAUCUCAACAGAUCAUUCGAUCUUCACCUUUCCCUCGGGCAGAUGUUCUUUCAAGCUCACUUGAGGCAGAGCAUAGGUUGUUAAAGGAGAUGGGCUGGCAGGAAGACAGUGAAAAUGAUGAAACAUGUGCUCCACUAACAGAGGAUGAGAUGAGGGAAUUCCAAGUCAUUAGUGAACAGUUACAAAAAAAUGGCCUUCGGAAAAAUGGCAUUUUGAAAAAUGGCCUCACCUGUGAUUUUAAAUUUAGCCCCUGGAAAAACAGCACUUUCAAACCUGCUCUGGAGAAUGAGGAUUCUGAGACGAGCAGCAGUGAUACAUCAGAUGAUGAUGAUGUGUGAAGAUUUCUGUAACAUCUGCAGAAGCUUGUUUUGAUCUCAUGAAAAUUUGGGGAUAUAUUGUCCAAAAAAAAAAUUUCUAAUUUAUAUAGUAACAUACCCCGUUAGAGGAAGAAUGAUGGGACUUCUCUCUGAAGAAAACAAGGAAUGUUGUGUUGAACAUUACUAUAAUUUCUUUGCAAACAAAUGUUGUAGAAUGAGGACUUGGGUUGACUUUCUUCAUCACUGCAGCAUUUCUGACUAGCAGUGUGACAAUGUAACAAAUCAGACUUUCUCAUUUAAUAAUAAAAACAAAAAGAAUUGUGUAAUGUCUCGCAAAGCUUCUGUCUUAAUAUGUCCAAGUCUAUUAGGAAAAAAAAGGCAGCUUGACACAGUGUUUUGCUUGCCAAGUCAUUUAUUUCUUACAAUGGAAAUCCUUGAGUCCACUUUGUAUGCAAAAAGGGCAAUGUAGCAUGUUAGCUAAAAUGAGCAAAGAGCACUAAAACUCUUUUCCUUAAUUGAGCUGUUGUACUGUUCUGCUUUUUCCACGCAUAACUGUUCUUUAGCCAUUUGUAGUGUAGUCAUCAUUAUUAACAGCAAAACCCCCUGAUAUUUCAGUUCCAAAUUUCUAGAACUAACUUUUAAAUUGAAAGCUUUAUGUGGGGUAUUGCAAGACCCAGUAUUCUCACAGUGAACACGUUUCUUGUGGGAAAAUAAGCACUUUGAUUUUUACUAUUCACGUGCAGAAAAAAUAAUUACACUGACUGGAUUUGUCCACUACAUGGAAAAUAAACUGAUUUACAGAGUAUUGUCUCAGUGCAUAGCA